UGCUAGGAGACGAGGUGGAAGCGGUAGGCCUAGAGCGAAGUCUGACAGCAAGAUGGAGGCACAGCGAGAGGGAGGAGAGGAGGAAGAGGCCGGGAAACGGCGUACAUUAUUGACACAAACAGCGGGGCUGCUCAGGGAGCUCGGGUACACGGGACCUUUGUCUGAUGAAGAUGCUCUGCUGGAAUCCUGUGAGUCGGGAGCUGCAUGUCAGCAGUUUAUGGCACUCUGUGUGUGGUUGGUGUCUGAGCUGAAAUCGGUGUCCUAUCUGGUGGAAAAUGUCAGUCCUACUGAAGGCCCGGCUGAUGCAGAGACAUUUCAACUGGAAAUGAGCGGUGUGUUGAGCGAACUUCACUGUCCAUACAUAUCCUUGACUACUGGAAAAGUUACCUCCAGACUAUACAGCCCCUUAAAUUGCCUGCAACUUCUUGUUUUUCUAGGCACAGAGCUGGAAGCCGCAAGAAUCCUAAAUCUCCGCACAGUUCCCAAUUCUGAGCCUACAGAUCAACAAAAAGAUAUCCUAUGUGAGCUUCAGCUGAUCAGAAAAGGUUUAGAGUUACCCGAGAUUUCCCCAGAAGUCCCAGUGGCUCAUUUCAUUAAGAAGCUGGAGGACAAGAUAACCGCACUGUCUUCAGUUGUACCUUUGUCUCCUCCUUUGUUGAAAACAGAGUUACGACCAGAACAAUGGGAGAUACUGCAAGGGAUACACUGCUCUAUGCUCAGAGAGUAUGAGUGUAGAAUGAGGAUGCUGGUCACAAGAUUUGAUGUCACUGUGCAAUCUUUCCACUGGUCUGAGAGAGCAAAGGUACAAGGACCCUCUAUGAAUAAUGUCUUCUGGCCUAUCAGAAAGGCUCUUGUCACAGAGUCUGCUAUAACAAUCCCUCUCCUACUGGCAGUACGGGAAGAUUAUUCUCGCAUUGUCCAUACCUGCAAUGCUGCGUUCUGCCAAAAAACCCGCAGCUCCAUCCAGAAGAUCCUUAUGACUGGUAAUGUGCCUGAUCGAGGAGGACGACCCAAUGAAAUCGAGCCUCCUAUGCCUUCUUGGGGUGAAAGGAGGGAGGGAGGUGGGCAACAGAGGUGGGGCAAAAGAAACAAGCGAAGGAAGAAUUGAUCAGAUAAAGAAACUUGUUUCUGGCUUCUUAUUGAUAAUGUUUUCUGCCAACACUGUUUUGGGGGAAACUUUUUGUUGGGGA